AUGUCGGACGAGCAGCCAGCUGAGGCCGGUAGGCGCAGGACGCGCGGCGCCGCCGCGACUGCGCGCGCCGAAAAACUCAAGCUCCUAAAGGAGCUCCGUCGCGGAGGCCGACGAGAAAUGGAAGCCGGAGGCUACCAGAUCAAGAUGGAGGAGCCGAUUUACGACACUGUGGAAGAUGAAGAGUACGAAGCUUUGGUAGCCAAGCGCCGGGAAGAGGUCAAGGGUUUUAUCGUGGAUGACAACGGCUUAGGCUAUGGGGAUGAAGGGCAGGAAGAGGACUGGUCGAUUGCCGGGCGCUCAUUGUCCUCCGAUGAUUCCGAGGAAGAAACCGAGAGGCCAAAAAAGAAGAAAAGCAACUGCAAUUCGGAGAAGAAGGAGAAAGAAGCCGUGAAAAAACCGUCUGCUCUGGCUUCGGCGGCCGCCUUGAUGGGUAAGCAAAGGAUUUCGAAUAUGUUCACCUCGUCUGUGUUUAAGAACGAUAAGAAGAAUUUGUCGUGUGAUAGUAUUGUUGAUGAUGUGAUUGCCGAAUUUGCGCCUGACGAGAAUGAUAGGGAGAAGAGGAGAAGGGCCAAUUUGAGCAAUUUCAGUGUGAAUAAGCUGAACAGUGUCCCAGCAGCUAAUUUGGGUGCUUUGUCUGUGAAAAUUGAGAAGCCAUUUGUGAGUAGUGUUAAUGCUGAUGACAGGAAUGAAUUCAAUAAGAGUAGCAAUCACUAUGGUGAUGUAAAUGUUGACCCACAGAAAGGCUGUUUAGAACAAGUUGAAGAUGUGAAAAGCGACACAAAUAUUCUGCCUCUCACUGAAGAUAAUUCAUCCACCUUAUUACAGAAUAAGGAAAUCCUGGAGAAGAGUGAAGAUAGAGAAAUUGUUAAUGAAGAAAGAUCACUAGAUAUAGCUGAAUCCAAGGGGUUAGAGAAGAAGAUAUUUACGCUCAAUGCAAAAAUUGAAGAUUCUAAAGACCCAACACUUAGUGCAACUGCACGGUGGCAAAACGUAAUUGCGGACUGUAAUGCAUCGGGGCCUGGGCUGAAUCAGAGCACAAGUAGUGAGGAGAAGUUGGAUUUUGAAGUGGAGUCAGAUGGCUCUCUGCCGUUCUACAUACUUGAUGCCUACGAGGAAAUUUAUGGUGCUAAUGCUGGGAAUCUGUAUCUCUUUGGAAAGGUCAAAUCAGGAGGUACCUACCACAGCUGCUGUGUGGUUGUAAAAAACAUGCAGAGAUGCGUGUAUGCAAUCCCAACUGUUUCUUUUCUGCACAAUGACACAAUUCAAGAGCUCGAAAAAAAGAUUGAAGAGUCUAGAAUGGCCCUCAUGGCUGCUAAAGACCAACUUGAGCUGGCAUCAGACAUGAAGACUGAAAUAGCAAAGGAGUUGCUAGAAAGGAAUGUUUCUAGUUUCAGCAUGGCACCUGUUAAGAGAAAUUAUGCAUUUGAGAGAUCAGAUAUACCUCAUGGGGAAAAUUAUGUCCUCAAGAUCAACUAUCCAUUUAAGGACCAACCGCUUCCAUUAGAUCUCAAGGGAAAUAACUUCUGUGCUUUGCUUGGAACUCAUAGCAGCUGCUUGGAGCUUUUCUUGAUUAAAAGGAAAAUUAAAGGACCAUCAUGGUUAUCAAUCUCAAAGUUCUCGACCUGCGCAGCUUCUCAGCGCGUGAGCUGGUGUAAAUUUGAGGUUACAGUAGAUUUCACAAAGGAUAUUCAAGUCUCAACGUCAUCGAAAAAUGUCUUGGAAAUUCCUCCUGUUGUAGUUGCAGCAAUAAAUUUGAAAACUAUCAACAACGAGAAACAUAAUGUCAAUGAAAUUGUUGCUGCAUCUGUUAUUUGCUGCCACAAGGCUAAGAUAGAUUCUCCCAUGAUGGCUUCAGAAUGGACCCGUCCUGGUAUGCUUAGUCAUUUCACUGUUGUGCGUAAACUUGAAGGUGGCAUAUUUCCUAUGGGUUUUGCGAAGGAGGCAGCUGAGAAAAAUACUAAGGCUGGGUCAAAUGUUAUUUGCUAUGAAAGCAGGCAAGUCUUAUUUGAAAGAGCUUUGUUAAAUCGUUUGAUGAUUGAGAUUCACAAAUUGGAUAGCGACGUUCUGGUUGGGCACAAUAUAUCCGGGUUUGACCUGGAUGUCCUUCUUCACAGAGUCCAGGCUUCAACCGUGUCUAGCAGUAUGUGGUCAAAAAUAGGCCGCCUCAAGCGCUCUGUGAUGCCCAAACUUAGCAAAGGAAGCUCAGUAUUUGGUUCAGGAGCGAGUCCCGGAAUCAUGACUUGCAUUGCUGGCCGUCUCUUAUGUGAUACUUACAUUUGUUCGCGUGACCUACUGAAGGAGGUUAGCUAUUCCUUGACACAACUAGCAAAGACACAGCUGAAUAAGGACCGUAAGGAGAUAACUCCUCACGAUAUUCCCCAGAUGUUCCAAAGUUCUGAAUUGCUACUGGAACUUAUCGAGUAUGGUGAAACAGACGCAUGGUUGUCUAUGGAACUUAUGUUCCACCUGAAUGUCCUCCCACUCACUCGUCAACUGACUAAAAUUAGUGGCAAUCUUUGGCAUAAAACUCUUCAGGGUGCUAGGGCACAAAGAGUGGAAUAUCUCCUGCUACAUGCAUUCCAUGCCAAGAAGUUUAUUGUCCCAGACAAGUUUUCUUCUCAGUCCAAGGAGACAAGGACAGCAAAACGGAAAAUUAGUGGUGGUGCACAGAGCAAAGAGAUUGAUCAAGAAGAUACAACUUUUGAUGACGAGGCUCCCGAAAAUAAUCAUGGUAAAACAAAAAAAGGACCUUCCUAUUUAGGUGGUUUAGUGCUGGAGCCAAAAAAAGGACUAUACGAUAAGUAUAUUUUACUUUUGGAUUUCAACAGUCUGUACCCUUCCAUUAUUCAGGAAUAUAAUAUCUGUUUUACUACUGUGGAAAGACCUGCCGAUGGAUCACCUCCCAAUUUACCAUCCAGUAAAAGGAGUGGGGUUUUACCAGAGUUACUUAAGGAUUUGGUGGAGAGAAGAAGAAUGGUAAAGGGAUGGUUAAAAACAGCUUCAGGUCUCAAAGUUCAGCAGUUUGACAUACAGCAACAAGCGCUAAAGCUGACAGCAAAUAGCAUGUACGGAUGCCUGGGGUUCUCUAACUCGAGAUUCUAUGCAAAGCCCCUUGCAGAACUUAUAACAUUACAAGGAAGGGAAAUUUUGCAGAGCACUGUGGAUCUUGUUCAAAAUAAUCUAAACUUGGAGGUUAUUUAUGGCGACACCGAUUCGAUAAUGAUAUAUAGCGGGCUUGAUGAUAUUGGAAAAGCUAAAUCAAUUGCAGGGAAGGUCAUUCAGGAGGUUAAUAAGAAGUAUAGGUGUCUGGAGAUUGAUCUCGAUGGCUUGUACAAGAGAAUGUUGUUGCUCAAGAAAAAGAAAUAUGCAGCUGUCAAAAUGCAUUUUAAGGACGGUACAGCAUAUGAGGUUAUCGAGCGGAAAGGUCUUGAUAUGGUCCGUCGUGAUUGGAGCUUACUGUCAAAGGAAUUGGGAGAUUUCUGCCUCAGUCAAAUUUUAUCUGGGGGGUCCUGUGAGGAUGUUGUUGAAGUAAUACACAAUUCUCUAAUGAAGGUACAAGAGGAAAUGAGGAACGGGCAAGUACCACUGGAAAAAUAUGUCAUCACAAAGACAUUAACAAAACCACCGGAAGCAUACCCUGAUGCUAGAAAUCAGCCUCAUGUAGAGGUAGCACUUAGACUGAAAAAAAGUGGUUAUGUGACUGGUUGUUCUGCUGGAGACACUGUGCCUUACAUCAUCUGCUGUGAGCAGGGCAAAGGCUCUACAUCCUCUGCUGGAAUUGCCCAGAGAGCGAGACAUCCUGAUGAACUGAAAAAGAACAAUGAAAACUGGAUUGUUGACAUUGACUAUUACCUCGCACAGCAGAUUCAUCCUGUCAUAUCACGUCUAUGUGCAUCAAUUCAGGGUACAAGUCCAGCACGUUUAGCUGAUUGUUUAGGGCUUGACUCAUCGAAGUUUCAGAGUAAAUCAAGCGAUUCUAUCAGCAACGAUCCAUCAAGUUUGUUGUCAUUUGCAUUGGACGAUGAGGAGAGGUAUCGAGGUUGCUCGCCUUUGGUUCUCUCCUGCCCGAGUUGCUCCGGGACUUUCGAGUGCUCGCCCAUAUUUAGCUCAGUCUAUGCGUUGAUCAAUACAAAGCCAACAGACAAGCAACCAGCCAAUAAUUUUUGGCACAAUUUGCGGUGUCCAAAUUGUCCAGCUGAAAAAGACGGCGGGAGAAUAUCUCCUGCUAUUAUUGCAAACCAGGUAAAAAGACAAGCCGAAGGAUUCAUGGCAACAUACUACAAGGGAGUGAUGAUGUGUGACGACGAAACAUGCAAUUACACUACAUGUAGCGUGAAUCUUCGCGUGCUUGGUGAUUCUACAAGAGGAACCACAUGUCCCAAUUACCCACGUUGUAAUGGACACCUCAUAAGACAGUACACGGAAGCAGAUCUGUACAGGCAGCUUUCGUAUUUCUGCUACACUCUAGACACCUUGCGCUGCAUUGAGAAGGUUGAGGGUGAUAAAAGGUUGCCCCUGGAAAAGGAGCUAGCUAAAAUCAGGCCACUGGUCGAACUAGCAGCAUCAACAAUACAGAAAAUUCGUGACAGGAGUGCUUAUGGGUGGGUUCAGCUGAAAGACUUGAUUGUGUUGGUUUAA